GACCGGGCGAUCCGCCUCGCCGACGCCGCGCUUGAGAUGAUGCGGUUAGCACCCCCGGCUGGUGCCGAGCAGGCCGCCUUCGCCUCAUGCCGUGGCAUCGUCGCCCAUGCGCUCGACUAUAUGCGGGAGUCGUACCUCGCAGCGCGCUGCUGCCCCUCGCCCGCGUUCUGGACCAGAACGUCGCAGGCGUCGUCGCGGCGUCGAUCGACGUGCGCCCAGGGCAGCUCACCGAGGCGGAGCUCCAGCAUAGUGGUCUCCCAGUCCGCUUUGCUGGCCUGCAGGUUGACACAUCCCCGCGCAUCGCCCCGCUGGCCGGGGCGGAGCGACACGUCGAGCAUGGCCCCGCACUCCGCGCAGAGGUCGCGUUUUGGGCUGGCGCUGGCGGCGAGGCGGCUGCAGUCGCACGCGACGUCAAGCAGUGCGACGGCGUCGACGAUGCCGUUUCGGACGGCAUCCUGGACAUGCGCGCGGGAGCGCGGCAUCGCCGCCUUGGCCGGGCGCGGCCGCCCUGUCUCGGAUCCAGCAGACUGCGCGAAUGACCCGCUCCGCCAAGAAGCCCGAGAGCAGCGCCUACUCAUCAGGUACUUGCAGCACUCUGCCGCGGCGCGCUACUCGGACUUGCUCGCGAGGGCUGCGACGCGGGACCGGGCGCGCCUCCUCAGCGCGGCAGGGCCGACGGCGGGCGCGGCGCUCGCAGCCGACCUCGUACGCUUCCGCUUGGACAUUCCCACGCCGUGCCCGCCCGGCGCGCAGUGCCUCAUCGAGAAGACGUCCACGCAGGAGCUGUGCCUCGACCAGCUGGGCGCGCACGGCGACCACGCGGCCAUGUGCGAACGCAUGGCUGGACGUUUGGGCGUCGCAGAAUUGCCAGAUUGCCAGGUCGAUGUCACGGCCUGGCAUCCCAUGUCCGUCGCCUACCAGCCGGGGGCUGCGCGGGAGCCCGGAUGCGCGGCGCGCGCGGCCGAAGGACUGGUCGUGCUGGCGGCGGCCAUCGCGGCCCUGGCGCUGCAGACGGUCGGGGGCGCGGCGACAAGGGCAAGGAGCAGCCACCAGCUGAGGCCAGUGAUCGUGAGCGCCCUGGACUCGGAGGUCUCGAUCGCGCCGCCCAGGAGCGCCAGGACAUGCAAGUGGAACAAGUGCCUGCUGGACCCCAACAAGCUGGACCUCAACAUGCUCCUACUGACCCGUGGCAACGCCCUGGCGGGGACCCGUGGCAUGAUCGCGCCGCCCCCGCUGCUGGACACACUGAACUACCUGCUGCUGGCACUCCUGUCGGCCAUGCUGCAGAGCUGCAUUCGCCAGGCCACCGAUGCUAUCGCCGCGACCUCCAUGGCCCAGGUCACCUCCUGCCAGACGCAGCUGGUGCGCAUGUUCCAGUCGCAGCAGGAGGCAGUCAACAGGUCCCUCGCCGUGCAGACUCGCGACAUCGCCUCCAUCGGCCAGCGCGCCGACGCGUUGGAGGCGGAGCAGGCCGCCAUGCGCAAGCAGAUCGGGGACAUCAACAAGGCCCUGGCCCUCGCCGAGAAGGAGCUUCCCAUCAUGGACUUCCAGGAGCUGGAGGAGUGGAUUCGAGCGGCCGGCCUCACUCACGACAUGGUCCGCAUCGACCCUGUGGUCCCUGCCAAGCGCUUCAACGUCAUGGUGCAGGGCGGCGACGGAGUCGCUCUCCCUCGGGCUCAGGCACUCGCUCGGCAUCUACGUGACCCAGCUGGCAGGAACGGGUGGCGCUCCUUCAGCGCGCAGAGCGUCGGCGGAGGCGUCGUCCCACUGUACCUCUCGCCUGACAAGUCACCGCAGCAAGUACGAAUGGAGAUCCAAUCGAGGAAGCUCUCGGUCUUGCUGGCAGAAGCUCUUCCUGAUCAGUCUUUCAGUGCUCAGCGGGCCCGUGGUAUCAUCACGUCCCAGGGCGUCAAGGUUGCCAAGCUCGAGAUGGGUGAAUCCCGCAACACCGACACCAUCAUCAGGUGGAACCCAGACAUGGUCGCCAGGCUGCACAUCGACAGGGAGUCCAUCAACACGCAGUUCAAGAAGGCCUUCUCCACGGAGGACAACACCGAGUGCGAGAAGUGGAAGACCUCCUGUGCGUUCCUCGCCUCCAACUGCUUCUAUGCCGACUCAAGACACCUGGACAAGUACGCGAACCUCCUCCUCAACUACGACAGCAAGCUGCUCCGACACCUGUUCAAGUACACGACGUUCUCCCACGACAUCUACGUGGAGUCUCAGUGGCCGACCCACUACGACAAGUCCAGCAAGCAGCUGUCCACGAUCGACCGCAUUUUCUUGGGCAUCGACGCGCACGCCAUGCUCUCGGUCUCGACGAUCCUCACCACUGCGAGGGACGCGAUGGAGCUUUCCGAGGAGGGCAUCAGCGACCACGCGCCCCUCGUCCUGCAGAUCACCGCCGCACGCCAUGUUCCACGAGACGAGCAGCCUAUCCCGACGCACCUCUUCAACCACAGGAAGUACCCUGAGACCUACGCGCUCAUGCUGGACCACUGCUCCUUGGCUGGGGAAACGGCGGAAGGCCGCUGGAGAGCAGCGAAGCAGUGCAUGAAACUUGCAGCGCGACGUGUUCGUGAUCACCAGCUGCGGACCAACUUCUCUCUACACGUCAAGGACUCCACGGUCGAGACCUCGUACAUGGGCUUCAAGUCGGCGGCGAGAGCGGUCUGGCGACAGGACGCUGUCCUGGCAGGCAGGCUGCUCGAGUCCUGCCCUGUGCUGGCCGCCCACCUCCACGUUGCCGACGGCACGGUGCGCCUCGUGGACCCCCACAGCUUCGCCGCCAACUUCGACGCCAUCGCCGAGCGGGUGCACUCCCUGCGCAGGCAGGCGGCGGAGGCAGCAGCUCGAACGGCCAACGUGCGCGACAGCGCAGCCUGGCGGAGGGUUGAGCGCAAGGCCGCCAGGCAUGCGCAGCUCUGGGUCCCGUGGCGGCGACGUAUGAUCCUUUCGGGCCUGCGCGUGGACUCCGCACCGUGUGCCGCCAAGGACUCGAAGGUGGCUCAGCACGUGGUCCCCGAUCCCGCGGGCAUGAAGGCGAUCGUAGCGAACUACUGGGGUGAGAUCUUCGCGAAGGUGCCGAACUCUGAACAGCUCAAGGCCUUGGGCGCUUUCCUGGACAAGCACGCGCCAAGGAAGCCCGAGGGCUUCACUGCUGGGCGGCGCUUCGUCGACCACACCCCGUGCCUGGACGCGGAAUGCCGUCGGGAGGGCCUUCUUCCUGACGCGGCGACCCGCCGCCCCAUGUUCCUGUCGUUCGACUUCCGUCAGGCCUUCCCCUCACUCUUCAGGGAAGUCAUCGAGAAGGUCCUCCCGCGCUACGGGGUCCCGCUGGGCUUCUGCAACGUGGUCGCGGCACUCUACAGCAACUGCCUCGCCUUCAGCUCCUUCCGCGCCGAGGGCACCGGCGCGGAGUUCGAGCCGCUGUUCGCGCUCCUGUGCGGCAUCAUGCAAGGAUGCCCGCUCUCUGGCACGGUCUGGUGCUUGGCCAUGGACACGCCCAUCCGCGCGCUGCUGGUUGCGAUUGCUGAGCAUGGGUUCCUCACGGCUUGCGCCGACGACCUCGGGAUGCUGAUCAAGAACGCGGUCGCCCUCCCCAGCAUCGACUCCACCUUCGUCUCCAUUGAGUUUGCCUUCAACCUGCAGCUGGCGCUGCACAAGUGCGUGCUGGUGCCGCUGUGGGAGGAGCUCUCGGAGGACACACUGCAGGGCGUCAAGUCUUUCCUCGCUAAGGAGGUCCCCCGCUGGUCGGGCUUCCGCGUCGACUCCACGGCCAAGUACCUGGGGACUCACCUGGGGCCAGGCGUCACGGACUUCGGCAUCUGGAAGGCAGCUGCGGGGAAAUGGUGGACCCGAUGCUGGGAGCUGGCGCGCACUGGCAUGGCCACCAGCCUGGCGGCACGCGCGUACAACAUCAACGCGCUACCGUGCCUGUCGUACCUCGCGCAGUUCUACUUCAUUGUGCCUGCCAUCUGGAAGGUCGAGUUCACCUCCCUGCACCGCCUGCUGCGGCUGCCGCCCUCGUCCAUGCGCAAGGCCGACAUCCUGUCGAUGAGCGCGUGGCGCGGCUCCCCGUCGCCGACGGGCCUCUUCCCGUACACGCUCGCGGCGACGAUGCGCACGGCGGAGAACGCGGUUCGUGGAUGGGAAGCUCACCUUCACCACCUUCAUGAAGCUGCCGUGGAGCAUGCCCCACUGAUCGACGUGAUCAAGGGCAACUGGUCCCCACCGUGGUGGCAGACGCGGAGGGCGAUCGUACAGAACUUCGCCAUGAUCACGGACACCUACGGCCAGCUGGACAUCCCCAGACCGACGCUCGAUGUGCUCUCGGUCCCGAUCCCGAGCAGGUACAUCAAGAUCGCGAAGGCGGCGAUGACCCUGGAGACGAAGGCGGCGGCAGCGGCCACUCCCACCAGGAAGCCCAAGCGCCAGGCCACGGCCGCCAUCUCGCUCCGAGGCUCGCUGUACCCCGAGGACCUGGUGGCCACCAUCCAAUGUCGGCUACGCAGGUGGGGAGUCGUGUGCUCGCUGCCCGAGCUGCGCGAGAGGUGGCCUCCGCUGCGUGACAAGCUGACGGAGGUCCGCCCUGCAUGGAUGUGGUCGUGGAUCCGCACCGCGGUCAACGGCUGGACGACCUCUCGCCGCAUGAGCGCCGUCAUCGAUGCGCGACCAUGCCUGUUCGGCUGCGACGAGGUGGACGCGCUCGAGCACUACGUCGUCUGCCCCAUCCUCAGGGCGUUGACCGCGGGCGACGCUGACGCCGACUCCCUGGGCCACGGCAUCGAGUUCCUCGGGUUCGGCGACGAACAGUACCACGCAAGGAGACCGAUCAAGGACUGCAUCUACUCGGUCGGCCUCAUGUGCCAGUGCUACCACAUCCAGAAGCACCGCGUGGACGUGGGCCUGGAUGCCGGAGCGGCCCAUCGAUCUGGUGUGAGACUGGCCGCGUUGCACCGCAUGCAAGCAUAG